GCUUCUGAUUCGCCUGCAGUUGGAGAAACGUUGCCAACUCGAUCGGCGUUAGCUACAGUUGCAGUGGCUCACCGCAAAAUAUCGCUCUGAAUAUCCCCUCCCGUUUGUUCCGCGCUCCAUCCGACUUUUAUCUCCUGUUCUCCGUGAGCAUUUAUGCGCGUCUUUGCAAUCAUUGAUGUUGUCUGGUUUAUUUCACCUCCUCCCCCGUUGUGACGACUGCAGGCUCCUCCCGCAAUCUGCAAAAGGGAAACUUCUCUGCAAUAGUGGCUCGAGCUCUUCUCCCAAGUGUCCUUGCCUCCAGCCGAGAUUCUGCAAAAGGGAUCCUGACAGACGAAACCGCACAAAGUGCAAAUCCGCACCGGCGCGCUUGCAACUCCUGAUUUCUCUCGCUCUUCAGGUUCAGGUUGUUGCUGUUGAUGCUGGCUACUGUGUUUUUGGUCUGUCUGCCCGCCUUAAAACAAGGGUCCACCGUCAAGAAGGUCUACAGAUCUGCCUAGUUUGAGUGAGAUAAUGGCUCGCCCUUAGCGCUUUGUACAAAAGGAUGAUGUAAGUGCCGAGUUCCCAUCCAAAUCAAACAUGGGCGCAAACACCUCCAGCAAGUCACUGACAUUUGAUGAGAAUGAAGAUGUCACCUUUGACCAUUUUGAAAUUUUGAGAGCCAUUGGAAAAGGCAGCUUUGGAAAGGUGUGCAUUGUCCAGAAGAAUGACACCAAGAAAAUGUAUGCAAUGAAAUAUAUGAACAAGCAAAAAUGUGUGGAGCGGAAUGAAGUGAAAAACGUCUUUAAGGAAUUACAGAUCAUGCAGGGGUUGGAACACCCUUUCCUUGUGAAUUUGUGGUAUUCAUUCCAGGAUGAGGAAGACAUGUUUAUGGUGGUCGAUCUGCUUCUUGGAGGAGACUUGCGUUACCACCUACAGCAAAAUGUCCGCUUCCAAGAGGGCACUGUGAAGCUAUUCAUCUGUGAACUAGCAUUGGCACUGGAUUAUCUGCAGAGCAGGAAUAUUAUCCACAGGGACAUAAAACCUGAUAACAUCUUGCUGGAUGAACAAGGACACACACACAUCACAGACUUCAAUAUUGCUACAGUGCUAACUAAAGACAUGCAGAUUACCAAUAUUGCUGGCACAAAACCAUACAUGGCACCUGAGAUGUUUAGUGCUGCAAAACCUAUUGGCUAUUCCUAUGCUGUUGACUGGUGGUCAUUAGGCAUUACUGCCUAUGAACUUCUUAGAGGCCGGAGGCCAUAUCACAUUCGCUCUAGUACUGCUGCAAACGAAAUUGCCCACAUCUUCAAGACGGCCACAGUCAUGUAUCCUGCCGCUUGGUCAAACAAUAUGGUGUCCUUAAUCAAAAAGUUAUUGGAAAUAAACAUAGAGGAACGGUUUUCUCAACUGACUGAUAUCCAGGACUUUCCUUAUUUGGCUGAUAUCAACUGGGAUGUUGUACUACAAAAGGGAGUAGAACCUGGAUUCCUUCCCACUAAAGGGAAGUUGAACUGUGACCCAACUUUUGAACUUGAAGAAAUGAUCCUGGAGUCCAAGCCACUUCAUAAGAAGAAGAAGCGCCUGGCUAAAAAGGAGAAGGAGGGCAGCAAAAAUGAUUCCAUGGAGGCUUGCCAGUUUCAGAAACACAUGGAGUCAAUCCAAAGGGACUUCAUCAUUUUCAACAGAGAAAAGAUGAGGCAACAGCAUAAUGAAAUGCAAGAGAACUUGACACUGACACAAACCAAAGAAAAUCAGGAAGAUGACCAGAAUAAUAAUAUUUGAAAUCAGUUUAGCUUCUGCUCAGGUGCUUCUAUCAAAGGUCCAGGCUUCUACUUUACCUACUUCAUGGAGUUCAACAAGUAAAACUGCACACUGCUAUCAAGACAAGGCAGACACCUUGGUAUGGAGUCUCCAAACCAGAAGCUGAGUGUCUCCUUCCACCAUCAGGAGUUAAGGCUUAGUCUUGGGCAAUAGUGCAUAAUUUUAUGCCUUUUCUUGGUUUUUUUUUUAAAGCACUUGACCAUAAACAGGAAAGAAGGUGGUAUUUCCCCCCCCACCCCCCAAAGGGAACAAAAGUGAAGAAUGGUUAAGCUCAUAUUUUCUUUAUGUACCUUUUCUUUUGGUAGGAUGUAGGGAUUGCUGAUUACUGGGCUCAGCCAACUGCCUGUAGGAAAAUAAAAAGGCUUUUAUUAAGUGUUUUAGGUUUAAUAGAUGUUUCAGAGAGAUGGUCCUGAACUAAAAUUGUGCAAAUGCACCACAACAGAGUCUAAUGUCAGCACCAUUUUUUUCUGCACCAGCAACGACUCUGAUCUAAAUCUUAUAUUUAGUACACCAGCUAAAACACAUACAAAGAAAAUUAUUUGUUGUAGAAUUUUUUCACUGUUGACACAAUAAACAAGCAUUCUAGAGUUAA